GGAGCGAGCAAGGAGGCGGACAAGCUCAGGCAGAUGUUGCUGGCUUGGAACGGGCAUGCAGGGCGCAACGGCGACAUGCGGCUGCCCGAGGAGCGCGAGGCCGCGGCGGCGGGCGAGGAGGUGGCCGGCCUGUGGGCGGGCUACCACGGCGCGCUCGGCCUCAAGAAGUCCACGCCCCCGGGCGCCGGCCGCGAGCAGUCGGCGAGGGGGCAGCUCGUUGAGAAUCCGGCCGGCGCGGCGCGGCGCGGCGGCGCGGGCGUUGAGCAAAUGGAGCUCAACGAAGCGUUUGCUCGGCGUUUCCAGAGCCCUCUGAUGCUGAGCGACCGCAGCCUCACGCAGGAGACGUCGUCGGUGCACGACGAGACGUCGUCCAGCGGCAACAAGGAGGACGAGGACGACGACGACGACGAGGCGGAGGACAAGAUCGACCCGCAGCAGUACGACCCCGAGCGCCUCAAGGCUUUCAACAUGUUCGUGCGGCUGUUCGUGGACGAGAACCUGGACCGCAUCGUGCCCAUCUCGAAGCAGCCCAAGGAGAAGAUCCAGGCGAUCAUCGACUCGUGCACGCGCCAGUUCCCGGAGUUCGCGGAGCGCGCGCGCAAGCGCAUCCGCACCUACCUCAAGUCCUGCCGCCGCAACAAGCGCUCGCGCGACUCCAACGGAGCUUGGGAUGCUGUAAGGAUUGUGAGGAUCUUUCGCUCUUGGCUCGCCGUGUGCCGUUUUACAAUUAAAGGUUGA